GAUCAAUCGAAUGUGUGUGUGCGGUCGAUGUGCAUAUAUAGAAACGUAGGAAGAAGAGUAAUUUGUGAUUUUGUGAUAUUCGUACGUGUGAUAUAUUUAACCCCUGGAAUUGUGCACAAUUUUGUUGCAGUUUUGAAGCUCAGGAAUUCAUAAAGUUUUUAUAUCUGUUUAAACAUAUGAAUUUUGGAAAUGCUUCGAUUUGAUGAAACAUGAACCUGUAAGUUGUUAUUCAAUGGAUGUUAAAUUAAUUAAUGCCCACCUUAAUACACGUUGACAGUGACUGGUGGCAGAACUCAUCUCUCAAAAUGAAGAAGCAAUUCUUUCGUGUUAAGCAGCUAGCAGAUCAACGGUUUUCCAGGGCUGGGAAGACUGAGGUUCUGUCAGAUGACCUACAAGAGGCAGACCGAAAAGUUGAAUACAUCAGCAGAGCUUGUGGGAAUACGUCAAAGAAAAUGGGUACCUUGUGUUCAGGUCAAGAUGCUUCCAGAGAGAAGAGACUGAAAAAGAAUGCAGAACAUGUAUUAGGCAUAGCUAUGCAGGACAGCGGAUCAUGUGAAGAGGAAUGUCUUCUUAGCAACAUUUUAUCAGAUUGUGCCAAAAUAGAAAUGAAUUUGGCCAAUGAAGUACUGGAUCACGAAAUGCAGGUGGAGCAGUUAGUCGUUACCCCAUUACAACAGAUGUUGGACAAUGAUGUUCCUAAGCACAAAGCUAAACUUAGCAAAUUCACACUGGAUAUGGAUUCUGCAAGAACUAGAUAUCAGACAGCACUAAAGCAUGGUAGUACAAAUACAAACACCAUCAAGGAAGAACUGGAAGAUGCUGAGCUGAAGGUGGAACAAUGUAGGGAUAUGCUGGCAUCGGAGAUGUUCCAGCUAAUAUCGAAAGAGGCUGAUCUCGCUCAGACUGUAGUGCAGUACAUCAAACUUCAGAGGGCCUAUCAUGAGAGUGCUCUAAGAAUACUGGAGGAAACAAUACCAGAACUUGAAAAGACCAUUAAUGAAAGUCCUUCAAAACCUGUUUAUGGAUAUCCAUUGGAAGAACAUCUUCGUGUCACUCGGAGAAAAGUUGCAUCUCCCAUUGAGCUUUGUGUAUGUGCCUUGUUGGAGCUAGGAAUGGAGGAGGAAGGGCUGUUCAGAGUUGCUGGAGGGGCUUCCAAACUGCGCCGUUUGAAGAUGAGUUUUGAUGCUUGUUGCCUAACCUUGCCAACUGUUAUUGAGUAUCGGGAUCCUCAUGUAAUUGCUGGUGCCCUCAAGUCUUAUCUGAGGGAUCUGCCAGAGCCUCUGAUGACAUAUACGCUAUACGAAGAAUGGAUGGCAGCCGCAAGAAUUCAAUCGUCAAAUGAAGCUCGUCAUCACGCACUGAAACAGGUCAUUGAUAAAUUGCCACAAGCAAAUUUUGACAAUUUGCGGUAUCUGAUAAAGUUUCUGUCUGCACUGUCUCGUAACCAAGAAGUGAAUAAAAUGACACCUCAGAACAUUGCUAUUGUCAUUGCACCAAAUCUGAUCUGGAGCCAAGCUGAUGAGACCACUACAAUGGGGAUGAACAUGAGUUCAGCAAACACAUACAGUUCUAUUGUAGAUAGUUUGGUGAAUAAUGCAGACUGGUUUUUCCCUGGGGACAUUGAGUUCUUUCAAACCUUUCCUCAUGAAACAACUUUAAUAAAUGGAAUGACCUCAAGUACUGGGUCAGUUAGUGGGCUUCAGCCUCACGAAUGGACUGGUGGCUCGCCUGUGGAGAAAGUGGCAACUAGUGGUCAUACCAGGGGGAGUAGUAGUGAUGGUCAGCUGAUCAGUCUUGGUGAACCUGGCGUUAUGAAAAGAACACAGUCAAAUAGUAGUCUUUCAGAUCACAGCAGUCCUCCACAUGGCAGUCCUAAACCAGCUGCCCGCAGGAAGAACAAGCCAGCCCCUGUUCCACCUUCCAGUGGUGCAUCACCAAAGGAUCUACCACCAUCACCAGGCUUCACUCCUGAAAAACCCGAGAAGCCUCCUCGUCCAGCUGUAGGCCCACUGCCAUCGACACUUCCUCGACCCAAUAAGAAACACUCUGGAGAACAUGAUGUGAGAACAGCAGAUUCAGGUACUGUUGAAAAUAUACCAGCUGUGACUACAGAAAAACAUCAGAAAUCCAGUGAUAAUAUUUCUUCAGGCAUUAGAAAACAAAGUACAGAUGGUUUGGAACCUCAGCAGAAUUGCAUGAUAUCGUCUAUGCAUCGAAAAGUCAGCAGUGGAGGAGGAGAGAAAUUGUGUGUAGAUUCUGAAAAAUGUGGUGAAGGAAGCGAAUCUUUUCCUUCAACAGAGCAGUCACAGACACUUCCACCCACCACCGACACUGAAGCUACUUCUGUAACCGUAACAUCUAGUUGUGCCAGUAAGCUGUUGAGUAUGACAGAAAGUGUCCAGCAGAAGAAUGUAGUACAGUCAUCCACAAGUGGCUGUACCACUCUAGAAAGAAAGCACCCGCAACGACCAAUUCCUGUUGCUGCCCCUAGAAACACAGUGAAUAUUAAUGCUAGCAACGUUGCUGUUAUUAACAAAGAAGUUCAGAAUCGGUCUUCCGAAAAUAAAACUUCUGAAAGUGUAUUGUCAGGCUGUGAGUCUACAAAGGAUGUAGAAAUUGCAGGAGAGCAUGACGCUGUAAUGCUAAGGAGACCUUUACUGUCGGACGGUGGAGAACGUUCAAAUAACCCAGCCGUGCCUGAAAGACCGGCUACUCUCCUUCGACCUCAUAGUUCAUUCCGCGGUUCAAGACACUCUGCUGAUUCAGAUUGUUCUUCUGGUGAUAAACCUAAUACAGACUCCGAGCGUCCCAUGCUGGAACGCACCCACAUAUACUCUGUAGACAAACAGCAGGUGUCAAUUAUUCAAGUUGGGGGAGAGAAGGAGAAGACGGUCGCAGUUCCUAUCAACAAUAACAAUAAUGAGCCUGUGUUUCAGAGGAGCCCUUCCAUAGGGAGUCAUCCCCUCUCUGUGUCCCUCUCAGACAAAGGACAAUGCCUUGAAAAGCCAGAGCGACCUCCGAACCCUGAAAAUGCAAAGGCCUGUAUUGAAAGAGGGAAGCACCAGUCUAGUCAUUCCCGGACCAUGUCAGAAGGGAACAUUUUCAACAUCGACACAGAUCAGUCAGCCAUAAGGCCACAGGCACCUCUGACUUCACCACAGGGCAGUGGCAAUCUACCAGGUUCCCCCAGACAUCCCGGUCGUCCUCCACGUCCACAGCCUCCGGCUCCUCCUGCAGGCAAGUCUAAGCAGGAACGUGCAUGGGAGAGUACAGAUCUUUGAUAAGAAGAGAUGCGUGUAUCCUGCCGGUUAAUUAUCAUGUUUACAUGCUAAGAUGGAUCAAAGCACUAAUAAAGAAAAGUAUGUAGUAUAUUUAUGA